GGUCCUUCUGCACUUUGCCAAUGACCACUGAAUGAGUAUCUGGAGGAAUGGUAUGGAGAUCCUUAGUCCAGCGUUUGGCUGCUACAUCCAAGCCAUCGACGUCAUCGUCGGUUGCCGCUAGAGGAAGACGAAGUAGCGCCACUUUUGCAGAUCUAGUCAAGGAACGACAUGACAAGCACCUUGAGGCGUUGGACAAGAGCAUGAAGGAGGCCUUGAAAGCGAGAAAUCACUCUUCAAAUGGAGUCUUACAUGGCAUUAUGAGUAAGAUAAGCGAUCGUAUCAUUUCUCGAGAUUGUCGCUUUGUCCAAGUCGGUUCGUCCGUUAAUGGUCUGUAUUCUGAUCAUUCCGAUGUCGAUCUGGUAUUCUUUCCAACAAAUCCUGAGCGGCGGAAGAAAUUUUUUAAGGACUUCCACAGCAACGGAGAUUUCAAAAUGCAGUUCAUGUAUACCUUGUCAAGACUGCUUACUCGAGAAAUAGAGAAGGAGGGAUCAGAGGUUGAGAGUUGCAUCGUCCUCCAUCAACUACGGGUCCCUUUGUUGAUUGUGCAUCUAAAAAGCGGCCAAAGCAUGGAUAUACAGUUCCCAACUGAAGAAUUUCAAGCGAUUAGGAAUACAAACUUGAUUAGGCAUUAUGUGCAGUGUGACCGGAGACUAGCUCAACUUUUUCUAUACCUUCGUACCUUGUUUGAUGCCUUAGAAAUAAGAAAUAGCAAAUAUGGCCUUUUAUCUUCCUACCACAUCUUAUUACUGGCAGUGCAUUUUCUACAGAGUGAACAGGCGCUCACCCCUUGGCCAGUAAUGCCUGUUUUAUGUAAAACGCAUAGUAGCCUUGUUGGUGCUCACAUCCCCAUUGAUGAUGUUGUGUCUCUAUUGGAUUUGCCUCAGGUCUCAAUCGAGUGGAAAUCAAACAACCAUAUGAGCGCUGCCGAAUUAGCUGUUAGAUUUGUAGACUAUUACUCGAAUUUUGAUACCUCACAACAUGUGAUUUAUAUCGAGAAGGGCUUAGCCUCGAGAAGGCGGCAGGUUUCCGGAGAAGUUCGUUUACUGCUCGUGGAUCCCUAUUCUAGUAUGACAGUGUGUAGAUCUAGUGCUGCUGCGAAAGCUUUCGCAGAUGCCAUGACAUUUUUGAAAAGAAAAAUGGCAGGCGGUCAAUUCCUGGAUUCAUUCCCAUCUUUUCCCGAAGCGUCGAUGUUCCUUGCGCAGACGAAGUGGUGUUCUUGGCGGCUCUACGUUCAAGAAAGAAAAGUCAUAGUCGAUAAAAGAGCCCAAGACCAGUCACCCGAUUUAGAGUUGCAAGAAGCCGAUACAAGUUGAUUUAAUCUGCUCAAUCAUUGUUUUUUAUGUUUUGUACAUUCGAUGCUUGUUUUUUUAGG